ACGCCCCUGCCUAUGCUGUCAGAGCGCACACCGCUCCUCCAGCCGCUCCACGCCUCAGAUGGCCUGCUGCAGCGGCGUCUACAACUCGUGGAGGCUAGAAUGUCACCGGCGCUCCUUUGCAUGAAGACUACCCGGUCGUAAGAACCCAUUUGUGACAUUCAUCUUUUAUAUUAACGAUUACAAUGGCGCUUAAUUGUGCACCCAUACGGACAUGUUCGCUCUCGGCUGUUUUCACGUUUGUCGCGCUGUGGGGAUGCGCGCUCUCCAUCACCCGCUACUCCAUACCGGAGGAGAUGGAAGAGGGCUCCUUUGUUGCCAAUCUGGCCACAGAUCUUGGUCUGGACGUUCGCAGCAUGCUGGAGCGCAACGCCAAGCUCGAUGUCAUUCACAGCAAAAAUUACCUCGACAUUAACAAAGACACGGGGGAGCUGAUCAUCCGCGAAAAGAUGGACCGGGAGAGUAUAUGCAUGACUAAAACAACCUCGUGUUUCCUUAAAAUGGAUGUCAUACUCUCCAACCCCGUUCGCAUUUUCAACAUCGAGCUGGAGAUCUUGGACAUCAACGACAACGCGCCCGUUUUUCGCAGGAAGACAAUGCACUUGGACGUUUCGGAGGCAACCCCUCCUGGCGAGAGAUUCUCCCUGACCAACGCCGUGGAUGCGGAUGUGGGGGCGAAUUCUGUGAAGACCUACUAUCUCAGCGAGAGCAAUUACUUCAGCAUUAACAUCCAAACGGGCAGCGAUGGCUCCAAAUACGUGGAUCUGGUGCUCAGUGGCCAACUGGACAGAGAGGAGCAUUCAGUUCAUAAUUUAAUUUUAACUGCGGUAGAUGGAGGAGUGCCUCCGCGCUCCGGUACCGCCAGCAUCAUCAUUAAUGUGCUGGACAUCAAUGAUAACGCCCCCACCUUCAGCCAGUCCGUUUUUGCAGUCAAUGUAUCGGAGAACUCUCCGGUGGGGACAGUGGUGAUGACCUUAAACGCAACCGAUUUAGAUGGAGGCACAAACGCAGAGUUGAUAUACUCCUAUACACUGUACACCUCGGAGAAGACGCAGGAGCUCUUCUCCCUCGAUCCGAAUUCAGGUGAGAUCAGAGUGAAAGGGGUAAUCGACUAUGAAGAGAGCCAGAGCUUUGAGAUGCACAUUCAGGCUCAGGACAGAGGGGCAAACUCCCUGUCAGGACACUGCAAAGUGAUGGUUUACGUCACAGAUCUGAACGAUAACUACCCAGAAGUGACCAUUAAGUCCCUGAAGAGGUCAGUGGCUGAAGAUGUCUCUGUAGGGACGCUGAUUGCCGUGGUCAGCGUAAGUGAUAGAGAUUCUGGGGACAAUGGCAACGUGGACCUCACCCUGGACCAGCAAAACGCCUUACCCUUUCUUCUAAACAAAUCCUCCGAGGGUUACUUUGAGUUGUUGGUGUCAAAGCCGCUGGACCGAGAAGUCCAAGGCAAGUAUGACAUCAAACUAAUAGUGAAAGACAGAGGUUCUCCAGCCUUAUAUGAGAAUGAAACCAUCACCGUAGACAUCCUGGAUGUCAACGAUAAUGCACCUAUGUUCUCUCAGUCCUUCUACACAAUCCAUGUUAUGGAGAAUAAUCCACCUGGAGGUUUAUUGACAUCCCUAAGUGCGCAUGAUCCAGAUUUGAAUGAGAACCAGUACUUGGUUUAUUUCAUAAUGGAGAAAGAGAUAGUUAACAUGUCUAUGUCCAUGCUUUUCUCCAUCAAUCCUGAGAACGGCAAUCUCUAUGGCCUGAAGACAUUUGACUAUGAGAGAGAGAAGGAGUUUCUGUUCCACAUUGAGGCUAGGGACUCCGGUGUUCCCCCGCUGAGCAGCAAUGUGACUGUUCAUAUUGUAAUUCUGGACCAAAAUGACAACACUCCCCUCAUUGUGUCACCAUGGCGGGGCCAUGGCUCUGUUGUUGAAGAGGUGAUACCGAGGUCCACAGAGAAAGGGCACUUGGUGGCUAAAGUGGUGGCAAUCGAUGCGGACUCUGAGCAGAACGCCAGAGUCACCUACCAGCUACUGCAGAUCAGUGACUCAACCCUCUUCAGCCUGGAUCAGUACAACGGUGAGAUCCGAACAACAAGGAUGUUCAGCUACAGAGACCCAAGACAACAGAGGCUGGUAGUUAUUGCCAAAGACAACGGACAACCCGCUCUGUCUGCCACGGUCACCAUAAAGAUAUCGACAGUGGAGCAUGCCAUGACCUUCUUAGAGACAACAGAGUUACCGUUAGAAUAUGAAGUCUUCACCAACCUAAACCUGUACCUUGUAAUAGGUUUAGGAGCGGUAUCCUUUCUGCUGUUGAUAACCAUCUUGGUUAUCAUUGUCCUGAAAUGUCAAAAGCCAAAGCCAAAGGCCAUCAAGAUGCCCCCAGCCAACAGAAACAGCUUGAUCAGCCAGAGAAGCUCCACCAUUGCCGAUUCUACCCUGAUUUCCAGUGAUGCCUACUGGUAUAGCUUGUUCCUCGCAGAAACCAGGAAGGGAAAGGUGGUGGUGAGACAACCCAUAAUUCCCAAAGGAGCAGGAUAUUUUGUAUCCAGCAUACCCAGGAGCAUAGGUCCAAGUGAAACCACAGACUCCAGAGCAUCUACACUGGAGUACUCAAAAUGAAAGGAAGUCCAUUCUACAACUGGAGCAGGAACCCAGGAGAGAGCUGCGGUGAUGCAACCACCUCUUCAUGGGAGUCUCUGGCCGAAACUUUCCAGGGACUUGCAAAGAAGAUAUAAAGCAGUUGUCAGCCCUCAGUCCAUCUGCUCCAGCUCUUAAUUUACCCAGUUUUCAUCAAAGCUGCACACCAACAUCAAUCAGUAAUCACCUCAUCCUUCUACCAGUGUUUUUUUUUUUUUUUUUUUUUAAGUACAAAUUCUUUUUCCAACUAGCAUUUGGACAAACAGGAUGCCUGGACAUUACUAGAGCGGUCUCAUAUAGUGUAUCACGAACUUCCUUGUGGAUAAAUUAGCCUUUUUACUCCAGGGAUUACAGUGUGCUACACUUUUAGAAGCCAUCUGUUGUUCUUAAUGUACUUUAGUUGCCAUAAUGUUUAUCUUUUUAAAUGCUGGAGUUCGAAACACGCCUAAUCAUAGAAAUACACAUGAAUCAGGGUAAAUAUACUUCUUCCAUCUAAUAAAUCCAUUAUUGUAGCUGGUUACAACAUUGAUUCAGGCAUGAAACUAGGUGUUUUUGUUCUAUUUUGUAUGGAGAAACUUUCUGUUUGAUGAGGCUCAAACUUUUACCUAAUAAUCAGUGAUUGAGUUUUAGGUCUUUUUCUAUACAAUGUUUGUUGUGGUUGCCAAGUUUUGAAUGUCUGAAAAAAAAAUGACAAAAGAGAAUGAAUGAAAAUAGGUAAAUAUAUAUAUAUAAAAAACAACUUAUUAUUUGAUUGUAGGUAACAGGUAUAUGGGAAGAUAAAGGCUAACCAACAAUAUACAUGCUAUUGUUGCAAGACAUACAUUUCUGGAGAGGAGUGUAUAUCCACUCAUUAUCAUCAAACUUGACAUGUUAAUUAGGGGUUUAGAAAUUAUAAUUUGUUUUGGAUGUUCUCCUUUCACGCAGGGUUAAGAUUUGGCUCCAAUAUACACAUGCACCCCAAAUGAUAUUUGAAUAAAUGUCCAUUAGCAAGGUUUGUGAAGACGUUCCUGAAAACAUAAAAAAAAAAAAAACACUAUCCUAACCGCUCUCCCUGGCAGAAAUGGUAGAGCUUGUUUAAAUAGGUUGGUUUUCUUGGCGUACGCCAUGUAAUCCAUUUUAAAGUCAGUUUUGAUCUGUGUUUGGGAUCAUUGUCUUGAUGGAAGGCAAGCUUGUGUCUAAGUUUCAAAAGUGUAGCUGUUGAUUUGAGGUUUAGCUGAACAUUUUGGAGGCAUUUUGGUUUUUUAUCAAUAUACCAACAUUGUGUAAAGCGUCCAUACUAAUGGCGGUGAAACAGACUCUAAGCAUUGUGCUACCGCCAGCAUGCUUGACUGUUGUUCCGGUGUUCUUAGGUUUGAAAAACUUACCAUUAUUCCCAAUAUACUUUCUGUUAUUGUAGCCUAAUGUACCAAUCUUCCUCCACAAGACUUUUGUCUUGUCCGUGUGGGUGGCUGCUAAUUUUAGUCACGCUUGUCGAUGUGCAUUUUGGUGCAUUCACAAUGGGCUUGAACCUUGGUAGUUCUUGAACAUUCUAAUAAAUUUCCUUUCAUCAGAAGGUCGCAGUUUGAAUCAGAUGGGUAACAUUUGGUAGCAGCUAAGUGUCCAGGUGGGAAAAUGAUCCAAAAGAACUUCCCGAGCGACCUUUUCUAACCACCGAACCUUAAAACGAUUAAGAUUUUGUGGACCACACGUAAAAGUUGGGUCUGUGCUAGACUACAAAAAUCAAGAAGCUGAGGUGAAACGUGCAAAGGACCAUUUAUCCAAAUAUAAGGGGUGGUAUAUGAAUAUAUUUAAGCUAUAUUUAUAAUCUUUGCUAUGUGGGUAUUAGAAGAAGUCCAAAAUAAAUUUGCCCUUCCAGUCGUACUGUUAUUAAGUUCUU